CGGCGAUUCCAGUCCGGAAGUUGAUCAUACUCGCAGCCGUCCAAGGGGUGUGUGUCCGUGCGUAUCCUAACGUUGGUUGGCAGUCGGUGCAUCUUCAGUCAUGGUCCGCCAAGGGGCGCUCGAUUGGACAGUGAUCGUCUUGACUUGCCAUAAUAAGGAUGGCGUGUAUGCCUUUCAGAGAGAACUAGAGAUUCGGCAGCAGCGUGGGAGUCUCCCCAAGGGGGCACUGCUGCUCACUGUAGCGGAUCCACAGGAGCGCCUGGGCAGUGGCGGCGCGACUCUCAAUGCCUUACUGGUGGUGGCAGAGCACCUGAGUGCCAGGGCAGGACACACAGUGGUGACUGCGGACGUGUUGGAAGAUGCUUAUAUCCUCAUCCUGCACACAGGUCGGGAUUUCCCCUGGGAUGGCUGUGGAAGGGCCUUCUGCUGGCUGCCCAGUCAGGGGCCCCUGGGGCCAGUUGAGGGGCCUGUUUGCUGCUUGGACUUGCUGCUGGACUGUCUCACACACCAGGUUUGCCCUGGCUCCCCUCCAGGGGUGUGGGUGUGCAGCACUGAUAUGAUUCUCAGAUUAUCCAUUGCCCCUGUGAUGUCCUGGGAGGGUUUCUCUGGAGUGCGAGUGCUGUCUCUACCUGGCAGCAUCUCCUAUGCCACCAACCAUGGGGUGUACCUCACUGAUGAUGAGGGCCAAGUGCAUGACAUCAUCUACAGGGGACCAGAGGAGAGGAUCCGCCAAGCUGUACAGCCUGAUGGGAAGGUCCCACUGGUGUCUGGACCUGUGUUUUUCUGCAGGGGAGUGUCAGAGCGCCUGCUGCAAAUGCAUGUAUCUCCCCCACUGGAUGGCUGCACCUACCUGGGCAUGGACUCUGGUGCCCCUUCCCUUCAGAUCUCUCUCUUCCUGGAUGUGUUGAAGUGCCUGUGUUCUGAUGUGAGCAAGGCCCAAUUUAUCAAUGAAGAGAGGCAGGGAUGUGCCCCCCUGGAUGGACCACAAGGGGCAGCAGUGAGGAGCGCAAGGGCAGUGCUAUGGAAGACACUGCGAGGGACCCCUCUCUCCAUGGUUUAUGUUCCAGACAGCUUCUAUGACUAUAUGACUCUGUCAGGGCAUGAACACAUUAGGCGUCUCACAGAGAGGGGAUGUGAGAGAGAGACACUGUCACAUGUACAGAAUGGACAAAGUGUGUGUGAAGGUAGCAGGGUGAUAAACAGUGUGCUGGAGGGAGAGGUCAGCAUUUCGCCUGGAGCAGUAGUCCAACAUUGCCACCUGCAGGGCCCACUGUGUGUGCUGCCUGGUUGUUUACUGUCAGGGCUCAACCUGAUGGCAUCACCCCAUUCCCCACAGCUGGUACUGCUCAAUGACAUCAUCAUCCAGGGACACCAUGUGCAGCUGGGGGAGCUGAAACUAACUGUUUUCACUGUACUGGGUGGACACGAUGACCUGGAGGUUCCUCCAAACGAUGCUGCUGCCUCAUUCCUGAAUCGCCAGUGGAAGGAUUUCUACAGCCGCACAGGAAUACAGCCAGAGGAAUUGUGGGGAGGGGGGACUGAAAGCCAAGCCCCCCCAUGCCUCCUGGAUGCCCGUUUGUUCCCGGUGUUUGACCCCAGGAGGGGCGCAGUUGGACUGGAGGGGGUGCAGUGGCUGCUGGGUGGAGACAAAACCAGGACUGGGGCCGUGGAACAGUGGAGGGCAGCAUGGAGGCUGUCCUUGAGGGAAGUGCUGUCCUGCACUGACCAGCAGGGGGAGCUGUACUGGAGGGAGGAGUUGUUCUUUCACGCUGCACGGAGAAGGGUCUCUGAUACACUGAGGGGAUGCACAGACCUCAGCCUCCUACCCAGCAUCAGGGCUGCAGUCCUUGGGGGCCAGCAGGGGGCACUGCUGCAAACACUGGAUUCUGUUGCAGCGAGCAGCAAUGAGGACCUCGGCAUAGCUGCCCGCUGUCUUGCCUGCAUAGCAGAUGUGCUUGGCUGUCUAGCCGGAGAGGGUAAAGGGGGACUGAGAAGUGGGCCUGCCGCAAACCCUGCAUGGGGACCUGCCUUUGCUCUCCUGGAAGGCGGAGAUUUGUCAGGGGGCAUCCAGGCCCUGGCUGCAGAGAGACAAAACUGGUUGAGCAGGCCAGAUCUACUAGUACGUGCAGCAAGGCACUAUGAGGGGGCAGGGCAGGUGCUGCUGCGCCAGGCUGUGAUGUCAGCACAGCGCUUUGUCUCCAUUGGCCAGGGUGAGGUGCCGCCCAUUGGGGAGUGGCAGGAAGUGGAGUGUCCUGCUAGACUGGACCUAUCAGGUGGCUGGAGUGACACCCCUCCAAUCGCAUUUGAGCGCGGGGGGGCAGUGGUGAACGUGGCUGUGAAGGUGGAUGGGAGACGGCCCAUUGGUGCCAGAGCACGUCGCAUCAAAGAGCCCCAUCUCUUAUUGGUCAGCUCCAGUGGGGGGCGGGGCAGCAGGGUUGCCACCGAGAUCGUGUGCAGGACACUGAAGGAUCUGGAGGACCACUGCCAACCACACGCUCCAGGUGCCUUGCUGAAGGCUGUGUGUGUCUGCAGCGGUCUGGUGACCCUCCCUUCCCAGCAGCCCCUGGAAGAGCAGCUGCUGCAGUGCUGGGGUGGGGGGCUGGAGCUCCAUAGCUGGUCACUGUUGCCCCAUGGCUCUGGGCUUGGCACCAGUAGCAUCUUGGCAGGGGCAGUGCUGGCAGCAGUCUACAGGUGCACAGGACGCACCUUUGACACAGACUCCCUCAUCCACGCAGUGCUGCACCUGGAGCAAACCCUGACCACAGGUGGUGGCUGGCAGGACCAGGUGGGAGGGCUGGUGGGAGGAGUGAAGCUGGCACACUCCAGGGCCAGCUUGCCCCUCAAGGUGGAUGUGGAGAGACUGGAACUCACGGAGGACUUCCUGUCAUUGCUGCAGCAGCGCCUCCUGCUCGUCUACACAGGAAAGACACGUCUGGCUCGCAAUCUACUGCAGGACGUGGUACGCAGCUGGUACAGUCGCCUGCCUUCCAUUGUGGAGAACACAGAGCAGCUGGUGAGGAAUGCAGAGGAGUGUGCCUGUGCUUGCAGAGAGGGUGCUCUCUCCACGCUGGGUGAAUGCCUGGACCGCUACUGGCAGCAGAAGAAGGUGAUGGCACCAGGGUGCGAGCCAGGAGCUGUGCGAACCAUGAUGAAUGCCCUGAGACCUCUGACCCUGGGGCAGAGCCUAGCAGGGGCGGGGGGAGGCGGCUUCCUGUUCCUGCUGACGCGAGAGCCCCUGCAAGAAGAGAAAGUGAGACAGGUCCUCAACAGCACACAGGGCCUCGGUGACUUCAGUGUUCACUCAGUGGAAAUCGAUAUGCUGGGAAUUGCAUUGACAGAGCCCCUGCGGGACACAUAGACAAGGACAGCCAUGCCCCUCCAAAUUACUUGCAGAAACCAUCAGUUCAUUUCCGGCAAUGAUGGGAUGUCUUUAAUUUUUCUCUUCUUUUAGUACUAGGUAGGCUCUAAAAAGGCCACAACACACUGGUCAUUUCCUCUGUCCUUUGCACUCUGGGUGUUGAUUCCUGGUGACUCUUACUGCCUUGCCAUGUCAGUAUUGAUGAAGGGUGUUUACAAUGGCCCACUGUCUGCUUGUGCUGUGUGGGCACUUUCUUGUGUACCUGAGCCAAAACUUUACUUUUGAUACAA